AUGAGAUAUCUUUAUCAAUCAGAGCUACCAUCCGACAAAGACCUUCAUUUUCUCCUUCCCUUCUCUCCACCGAUCGGAAAUCGCUUCUCCUUACAAGCCCAACAUCCGAUUGACGGGUUCGAUUCUCCUCAACUGGUUACACAAAGGUAUGUUGUGCUUACCAUCGUUCAUCUACCUUUUCUCCAUCCACACUCGCCAACUUCCUCGAAAAGAGCAGAUGAAAAGGGAGACCCACCAGUUCAUAAAGGUUCACAGAUGAUGGAUAAUAUGGACCUCUAUGCUCCUGAUACUUUGGAUCCAACCUUAGCAAGAAACAAAGAAAUCGAAGCAUCACUAGCAGAUGCAAUUUCAAAAGGCAUGGAAGCCAAAGCUGCUGCAAAACAAGCCCAAAAAGAUGGAGCCAAAGCUGCAAAAAUGGCACCCCGGAAAGCUAAACGGAUCAUUGGCCCGAUUAUUUCUUCCGGGUGGGAUUUCUUUGAAGCCAUUUAUUAUGGAGGAACUGUAACUGAAGGGUUUCUUAAGGGUACAGGAACAUUCUCUAGGACUUAUUUUGCUGGGUAUUUAGGGGAAGAAAGGUAUGGGCGUUUUGGGUAUUUGGUUGGAAGUGAAUAUUGA